GAGUGUGAGGUGAUGUCUAAGCCAGAAGCGAGGGCUGUACCUCAUCUGAGACACAACCUCCCCAGAAUCAGUGCUUGGUCUGGCCGUUUAUCUGUCUCUGGAUUUGCUCUGCGGGUUUUCAUCCACGAGCCCUCACCCACGACAGCAGGGAUUGAACGGCAGCACCUUCCGUCAUUCUCCUCCUUUUAAAAAAAUGUUUCUGCCUAGCGAGGAGAGGCAGAGAGAAGGUGGCUAGAGAAACACAGGCUGGUUUUCCCGCAGCCCCGCUGCGGGGCCACACCCAGCGCCGUGCGGGGCCGCCCGGAGCGCUCGGCCGGCAGCGGGUGUGCGGGCACCCCGAGCCUCGCCCCGCUCCCACCCUGUGAUGCGAGCCGCAGGCAUGCUCAGUAGCCGGAGCCUACCCCUCCUCUCCCGGCAGCAGAGCCUACAACAGUAGAGCCGGCUGGCAGCAGGCGCGGAGCCGAAAGCCAUCUUUGCUGGAGAGGAGCAGCGCAGCCGCCCGCCCCUCGCCAUGUCUGUUCCAGCUUCUGCCCAGGGUCCCAGCGGUGCUGCAGGGGCUGCAGGGCCCCCUCCUGCCACCAAUGUGUCCAGCAACAAGAGGCUGCAGCAGACACAAGCCCAGGUGGACGAGGUGGUGGACAUCAUGAGGAUGAACGUGGACAAGGUGCUGGAGAGGGACCAGAAGCUGUCAGAGCUCGACAACCGGGCAGAUGCAUUGCAAGCAGGUGCCUCACAGUUUGAGACCAGUGCAGCCAAACUGAAGAGGAAAUACUGGUGGAAAAAUUGCAAGAUGAUGAUCAUCCUUGGUGUAGUAUGCGCAGUCAUUCUCAUUAUAAUUAUAAUUUAUUUCUCCACUUGAAAAAGCAAAGAAGGAAGACUUGGCACAACUUUGUUCAUAUCAACCGACGAUAUCAGUGUUCCUUUGUUGAACUCCGCUUUUUAAUUCCCGGUGUCUUGGGAUUUUUGCUUGUAAUAACCCAUAAGCAUUCAGUGUGGUGUAUUUUGGAAUUCUGUUGUUUCCACAAGAAACUGUACCAGCUAAAUACUGCCAAGUAGUUCCAUACACUGUCUAAUCACUGUGUCUUAAAAUGUGUACGCACUGACCUUCAGAAACUGUAGUAUAUGAAAAGCAUCCUAAAACAUCUCAGAAUCAGAGAAUGCAGCUGUGGGGAAGCUCCUGUUUAAAGGGACACUGUCAGGUGGAUUUGGACCCAAAUCUAAGGUUGCAGAAAAUAAAAGGACCAAAAUUCUCAAUCUGAGCUCCUCAAGUUGGAUGGCAAAAUCCAUUGUCAGAUGUAUCUGUUACUCCCACUGAAGAGAGUUACCUAUAGUAUUCAUGUAAGAUAUCAUAUUUCAAUUUAGCCAACCAAACAUGGACUUUUUUGAGAUUAAAUGUAGAAUCCAAGUCUAAAAACGUUGUCCGCAGAAAAUAAAUUAAGACUGGUUUAUCAUCUUUCAUGCAUUUAAUUUUUUUCCUUAUAAGAAAACACCUCAUGGUGUUCUGAAUAACCAAGAUGGCCUCAAUAUGAAAGCCAGGAAAAAAAAAGCUGGUAUGAUAAAAAGCAUUAGUUAGCACAGCCCUGAAAAAGCCAAGGGAAAUGCAGAAGUGGUAAUACAAGCAUCACAAUGACUCAGGUACAGUCUCCUGCUGAAAACUCAGCAUUUGUCAGGUUUCAUGGGACAUCUCUUGAAUACCAAUUCCCAAUUAUUAGGCCCUGACUUAAAGCCCAUGGGCAGUGUUGGUGAUGUCUGUGGCUGCCCAGCUCUGUUGGAGGAAACUGCCUCUGCAGCAGUUUGCAGAAAUGGUCCCCACUGCCAGGAUGGUUCAAAAAUCAGGAAGAAGGGAGGGGGGAACAGUGGGGAGAGGCUGAGAAAGGGAAGGAUGCCUAACAAAGCUUUCCUGGAGAAGAGGGAGGAACAGAAACACUGUUCAAAAUAGUGGUGUUAAUAGGCUUAAAAAAAAUAUAUAUUUUAAUUUGUGCAUGCUGACAGUUCAUAAACUAUAGUGUCAUCUUUGUAAAGUGCUCAUCUGAGAGACCAAUUACACUCAAUUAAUUUAAAUUAGCAUUUAAAUUAGCAUUUGAUGUAAUUAGUAAUUAAAAGAAAUUAUAUAUUAUGGCUUGAGAGGAAGUUACUGUAUGAUCUUGUGAAUUUCUUGUUUCUUUCUUUUUGAAACAGUGAAUAGUUUAAUCAUCCUUAACCAAACU